AUGAGGAUGAAGUUCGCGCUCGUGGGCGCCCUCGCGCUCCCAUUGUUCGUGUCUGCGCACCAUCCCGAAAACGCUGUCCAGCAUCGUGCCCGUGCCAGCACCGUGACCUUAGUUGCUGGCUCUGCAUCUUCGAGUGCUAGUGGUGCUUUGACAGUUCCCGCGUCUUCGUCAACUGAGUCGCUCACGUUCUCGCUGCUUUCCACCAACCCUACCGCGGUGCCUCUCGUGUCCAUCGUGUCGAACGCUAGUACACAGACCACGCAUGCGAUCUCCACGACUUAUCCUGCCGAUGCGACCCAGACGUGGGUCCCCUCCGCUCCAGCCCUGCCAAACGCGGCAUCGCUUAAGCCCUCAAACUAUCCGGCUCUUGACAAGACGCCGCCGACGGACUCGGACGAGGUGAAGGCGUGGAUUGAAGAGGUCUAUGCGACCGGCAUCGAGAUCCCGGACAUUCCCGUGACCAACCUGGGAGGUUGUGGAAACAACACCGCCGCCGCCGCCAACUCAAGUCGGUGCUGGUGGACUUGCGGCGGAUGCACUCGCGACGUCGACGUCACGACUUGCCCCACGAAGGAGGCGUGGGGGUUGACGUACGACGACGGCCCGUCGCCGUACACUCCCGACUUGCUCUCUUACUUUGACCAGAAGGACUUGCGCGGAACGUUCUUUGUCGUGGGAUCGCGUGCGAUCUCGCGCCCUGCUAUGCUCCAGGAUGAGUAUAUGAUGGGCAACCAGAUUGCGGUGCACACAUGGAGUCAUCCUUACAUGACGACGAAAACGAACGAAGAGGUGAUCGCUGAAUUGGGAUGGACGAAGAAAAUCAUCAAGGACGCGCUCGGUGUGACGCCCAUCUACUGGCGCCCUCCCUACGGCGACAUUGAUGAUCGUGUUCGUGCCAUCGGCUUGGCGAUGAAUUUGUACCCUGUGAUAUGGACUCGCAUUAGCAAGACCCAGACUUUCGACACUGGAGACUACACGCUUCCCAGCGGGUCGACCACAGCUGUCGAGGUCUUGAAUAAUUGGGAGGCAAUCAUGAACAACUCGUCCCAGAUUGACACGGGUUUCAUUGUGCUCGAACAUGAUCUGUUCCAGCAAACCGUGGACAUCGCAGUCGGCUAUAUCCUCCCGCAGGCCCUCGCGCACACGCCUUCAUUUAACAUCACGCCAGUCAUCGAGUGCCAGGACAUGCCGCUGUCUAACGCUUAUAUCGAAACCAACGAUAACUCCACGAACACUCUUCCGCUUGACGCUGCGAAAUCGAUCUAUCCGACAAACGCUUCGGCGACUGCAGCUGCGGCCUCUGCUAGCGCGGAAGCCACUGGUGCUUCGGGCAGCAGCAGCGCGGCCGGCAGUGAGGGUAGCACAUCGUCAGGUGUCUCCACCAGCGAUGCUCAGGGCUCCACAAUGGUGAACGCGGCGGUCUUGACGACUGUCCUCAGCCUUGUGGCUGGCAUGACCGCCCUCCUUCUCUGA